AUGGACGCUUUGCUUGUGCCGAAAAAUAGGAAGCCUAGCUUUCGUAUACUGCUUUCUAUUCAAGAUUUGACAAACGUGCCGUUGGUGUCCGGCCUUGUUCAUGUUCGCUGGCACUUGCAAGACUCCUUGCGAUCUGAGACUCGGGGAAAAACUGAUCGCGCUAAUAUCAAAGAACACAAAGUCGAAUGGGGCUAUGAGUCAAGCUGGAAAGCCAAGAUGAUUGUAGACAAGAAAGGUCUGCUGCAAGACGCACUUCUAGAGCUACAGGUCUAUCAAGAAAUGUAUGGAGGCAAGGAACGCCAUGCACUUGGCAACCUCAUUCUCAAUCUAGCUGAAUACGCCUCAAGCGAGCAAGAAGUCUCAAGACGCUAUCUUUUGCAAGAUAGCAAGGUGAAUUCGACCUUACGACUUGGUAUCAGGAUGGUGCAAAUCUCGGGCGAUACGGAUUUCACUACACCAGCCUUGAAAAAAGCGCAAGUCUUUGGUGGGAUCACCGGACUUCUGUCUGAAAGCAAGGAUAUUACACAACGUGACGAAGACGUGGCCUUUAAUCCUGCUUCCCUGAGCACUGAAAAGGCAGAAGCGCUCUUGAGUCAAGAUAUACACCGCAACACUCUGAGACGACGAUGGCAAGCUCAAGCAGGAGAGCUGGAUCCCGCUGAUGUUAUUGAAGACAUAUUCAAUGGAGGCGAUGGAUGGGCGAAA